UUAAACAUGUCUUACCAUGUGUCCGUUAUGGUGUAGUAAUAACGUGUUUACCUAUUAGACGUAACGAGUGACGUAACCUAGAUUUAACGCUCCCCUCAGCCUUUUAAAAAAGAAUCGACUUUGGUGUAGGUACACUUCGUUUCGUGCUGGAGCAGGUUGUAGACGUUGUGAGUCAGCCAGUACCCUUAACUGUAUUGUUGAACGGCAGUAGAACUGAGCCCGGAGUGAAUUAUUGGUCUCCAAGACGGUGUCACUGCUGCUGAAGUCGCACAGGUGCCGAAACACAGAUUGUCAACCAGGAGCCGGCGUUACACGGGUGAGAGCGAAUAAUGUCCACGGUUCAAACAACGACAACACAGUCCGAGCAGCUGAGCGUUGCGCAAACAACAGUGGAUGGUAGCGGCCCAUCGAGCUCGCACAAUCGACUCAGUCCGUCCCUGGUGCUUAAAUUAAAAAAGCCCAAAAGUGACAGGAAAGUUGGCUGGUCCUCGGACGUAAUUGACAACGAAAACCUCAACAAAAAAAAGUCUAAGUGUUGUUGUGUCUAUACGAAACCGACUGACUUCGGUGAAAGCUCCGACGAAGAAGAGGGUGACUGUGAGCAUUGCUCAGGUCACGUUGAAACGAAGAAAAGCCAAAAGAGAGGUGAAGCUGGUAAUCCCAGUGAACCACACGCGUCCGCAGGUGGACUCUCGUCGGACAAGAGCACAUAGCCAAGGACUAAAUCACAGAC